CAUGAGGGUGACUUAGCAUGUCUUGAAAGCACUCGUAUGAAUAGGAGAACAUUUACUAUCCUAUGUAACUACCUUAGAACCAUUGGCAAUUUGAGGGGAACAAAAAAUAUGGAUGUUGAAGAGUUGGUAGCUGUAUUCCUACAUAUAUUAGCUCAUGAUCAAAAAAAUAGGAUUAUGAAACGCCUAUUUGCACGCUCGGGUGAAACAAUAAGUAGACAAUUCAAUAUUGUCUUAAAAGCAGUGUUACGUCUCCAUGAAGUAUUGCUAAAAAGGCCAGAGCCAGUUCAAGAAAAUUCCAUGGACGAAAGAUGGAAAUGGUUUAAGAACUGUUUGGGAGCACUUGAUGGAACAUACAUCAAGGUCAAUGUGUCUGCAGCGGACACGCCUAGGUACCGUUCUAGAAAGGGUGAAAUUGCUACCAACAUGUUGGGAGUAUGCUCUCAAGAUAUGCAAUUUAUAUAUGUAUUGCCCGGAUGGGAGAGUUCCGCAGCUGACUCAAGAGUUUUACGAGAUGCUUUAUCUAGGAGGAAUGGGUUGAAAGUUCCACAAGAUCUGUCUCUGCAAUGGGGAAAAAGAAGACAGAAGAUGCCGGUGGAGCGGUGAAGGCUAAGACUGGCAGCUCUAAAGAUGGAAAGAAACUUGCUGUCUCUGCUAUACUGGCUGGCAUGGACCCGAAGCCUGAUAAGCCCAAGAAAGGAUCUUCCUCAAGCACAAAGGUGAAAACAGCUCCAAAAGUUUCAUCUUAUACCGAUGGUAUAGACCUUCCUCCCUCUGACGAGGAAGAGGACUAUGCUUCGGAAGAAGAACAACAAGAAGUUGAUGCACACAAACGAUCCAAUCAGCAGAAAAUACCUGAUUCCAAGAUCCUUGAUGUGUCAAUAACAGACAAAGAGUUAAAAAAGCGUGAAAAGAAGGAUCUUCUUGCUGCCCAUGUUGUUGAGCAGGCAAAGAAGGAGGCUCUUAAAGAUGACCAUGAUGCGUUCACUGUUGUUAUUGGAAGUCGGGCUUCAGUUCUAGAUGGGGAAAAUGAUCUUAAUGCUAAUGUCAAGGAUAUAACAAUUGAGAAUUUUUCUGUGGCAGCUAGGGGAAAGGAACUUUUGAAGAAUGCAUCAGUAAAAAUAUCCCAUGGAAAGAGGUAUGGUCUGGUUGGACCAAACGGAAAGGGCAAAUCUACACUGCUGAAGCUACUAGCCUGGAGGAAGAUUCCAGUGCCAAGAAACAUUGAUGUGCUUCUAGUUGAACAGGAGGUUGUUGGUGAUGAUAAGACUGCGCUUGAAGCAGUCGUUUCGGCUAAUGAAGAACUUGUCAAACUUCGGCAGGAGGUUGCAACAUUGCAGAACUUAGGUUCUGCUUCAGAGAGUGAGGCAAAAGAUGACGAUGAUGAUGACAAUGAUACAGGAGAGAAGCUUGCUGAAUUAUAUGAGAAGUUGCAAAUAAUGGGUUCAGACGCUGCAGAAUCUCAAGCUUCAAAGAUUCUUGCUGGGUUGGGAUUCACAAAGGAUAUGCAAGGCCGUCCAACUCGGUCCUUUAGUGGUGGUUGGAGAAUGAGAAUUUCAUUAGCCAGGGCACUCUUUGUGCAGCCAACUCUAUUGUUGCUUGACGAGCCUACUAACCAUCUUGACCUGAGGGCUGUCCUAUGGUUGGAAGAAUACUUGUGUAGAUGGAAGAAAACCUUGGUUGUUGUUUCACAUGAUCGGGAUUUCUUAAACACAGUUUGCACUGAGAUUAUUCAUCUACAUGACCUGAAACUCCACUUUUACCGUGGAAACUUUGAUGAUUUUGAAAGUGGGUACGAGCAACGUCGCAAAGAAGUUAAUAAGAAGUUUGAGAUUUAUGACAAGCAGGUGAAAGCUGCUAAAAGGAGUGGGAAUCGAGCUCAGCAGGAGAAGGUCAAGGAUCGAGCAAAGUUUGUGCAAGCUAAGGAAGCAUCAAAAAGUAAAGGUAAAGGCAAAAGCAAUGCUGAUGAGGAUGACACACCACCUGAGGUCCCACAUAAGUGGCGGGAUUACAGUGUGGAGUUUCACUUUCCUGAACCUACUGAGCUUACACCUCCACUCUUGCAACUAAUUGAAGUCAGCUUCAGUUAUCCUAAUCGGCCAGAUUUUAGGCUCUCAAAUGUUGAUGUGGGCAUUGAUAUGGGGACCCGAGUUGCUAUUAUUGGACCCAACGGAGCUGGGAAAUCUACAUUGCUCAAUCUCCUUGCAGGUGAUUUGGUUCCGAGUGACGGUGAAGUACGGAGGAGUCAGAAGUUGAGGAUUGGUAGGUACUCUCAGCAUUUCGUGGACCUCCUGACUAUGGAUGAAACACCAGUUCAGUAUCUUCUUCGUCUUCAUCCAGACCAGGAGGGUCUUAGCAAGCAGGAGGCUGUCCGUGCAAAGCUCGGAAAAUUUGGACUACCUAGCCACAACCAUCUUACUCCAAUUGCAAAAUUAUCCGGAGGACAGAAAUCACGGGUCGUCUUCACCUCAAUAUCCAUGUCAAGGCCCCACAUCUUGCUGUUGGACGAGCCCACAAAUCAUUUGGAUAUGCAGAGUAUUGACGCUCUGGCUGAUGCACUUGAUGAAUUCACUGGUGGAGUUGUACUGGUCAGUCACGAUUCGAGAUUGAUAUCGCGCGUAUGCGACGAUGAAGAGAAGAGUGAAAUUUGGGUCGUUGAAGAUGGUACUGUACGGUCAUUCCCAGGGACUUUUGAGGAGUACAAGGAAGAGCUACAAAGAGAGAUUAAAGCUGAAGUUGACGAGUAAUUAUGCAUUGGUAGUGAUAUAUGUUUGUACACUUCACAAUUAAAAUUUUGCAGGCUUUGGCUCUCUGAAUACAGAGAAUAGACAUUGGUCUUUGUUCUACAGAUGCGUCUUUUUUUUUUUUUUUUCCUUUUAAUGAGUGUACGAUUAUUACCUUAUGUCCCGAACAAAUAAAGUUGGAUGUUACGUCAAUACAGUUUAAUUAAAAUUACAUUUAUGAAAAGUGAUGUAAUAAUCCUUGUUAGGACAAGGCCAUUACAAACAUAGGGUUACAAACCCCUAUGAUAUUUUGAGACGUGAAAUGGAAGACGGUUUAUGGA